AUGAAUUUAACACGAGAAAAUUUUCGUGCAAUGAUUUUUUAUGACUUUCGAUGUCAUUUAAGUCAACAAGAAAGUUAUGAUAGACUACGAUUGGCCUUUCACGAUGAAGCCCCAUCUCGUGCGACUGUUUACAACUGGUUUAAUGAGUUUAAACGUGGUCGCACUAAUCUCACUGAUGAUUUACGUGAGGGACGGCCUUCUACGGCGACGACUGAAGAUAACAUCUGUGUUGUGCGGCGUAUGAUAGAGACUGACAAAAGAGUGACCUAUCAACAGAUUCGGACAAGCUUAGGCAUCGGUAUGAGUCAAGUGCACAAAAUCCUCCACGAACAUUUAGCGGUCAGGAAGCUUUGCGCCCGGUGGAUACCUCAUAAUUUGACUGAGGCUCAAAAACUCCAUCGUGUGGAUUGGUGUCGUAAAAUGAUUGAAAGAUUUAACGGAGGUGACUCAAAUGCUGUGUUCGACAUACUAACAGGUGACGAAAGCUGGAUUUACUGUUAUGAUCCUAAAACCAAAAGACAAUCUGCUCAGUGGGUGUUUCCUUUCGAGGAGUUGCCAACUAAAGUGAAGAGAGAUCGAAGUGCGGGAAAAAAAAUGGUGGCCUCGUUCUUUGGAAGGAUAGGUCAUUUUGCAACAAUUGUGUUAGAGGAUCAAAAAACAGUUUCUGCAGAAUGGUACACUACCAAUUGUUUGCCACUUGUCCUGGAAAAAGUUCGAGAGAAACGACCUCGCAGUAGGAUCCUCCUUCACCACGACAACGCCUCGUCGCACACCGCCAAGCGAACGAUCGACUAUUUGGCGACAUCAAACGUUGAAUUACUGGGUCACCCGCCGUAUAGCCCCGACCUCGCGCCUUGUGAUUUUUAUUUAUUUCCAAAAAUUAAAGAAAAACUUAAAGGAAAGCGGUUUAUGAAUGCUGAAGAAGCGGUGGCUGCGUAUCGCGGUGCCAUUGAAGAGACCCCUAAGGACGAGUGGGCAAAGUGCUUUUCCCAGUGGUUCCAUCGCAUGCAGCGGUGUAUUGACGAUUUCAUCCCCACGCACAGAUGGUGGGGGGCGGAGAACAGUGGAACAAACUACGACAACGAUAACUCAGACGUACAGGUGGUUUACUUACCAGCUCUACUGCCGCGGGAAGCACAACUCUCUGCGGACAAGGUCAACGAUGAAGUUCCAUUGCCGUACAGCUUUGAUGCCUUUGGGAGAAGUUUCAAUCUACAACUGGUGCCGAAUCGUCGGUUAGUUUCCACUAACUUCCGUGUUUGGUCGGAGCAAGGGCAAGAGCCACUGCCUGCAGUGGAUACGUCAUGCCAUUUUCUGAACGCUGCACCCGGCGCCGUCGCAGCACUGUCUGCUUGCAGAGAUCACUAUCUGCAUGGACUAAUUGUUGUGGACAAUUCAACAUACGAGGUGAGACCUCUGAGAGCGGGUUCUCGCCGCGCAAGUAAUGGUGGUGGGCGUACCCCCCAUGUGAUAAGACGUGCACCUCCUCCACCACCGCCCCUCGAUGACGCCUUACCACUUAGACCACGGCCACGUGCCCGUAUGCCCCGUGCAUCGUUCAACAAAACUCCACCUUCCAGCUACACCAUCGAAAUAGCAUUGUUCUUAGAUGAAGCCGCGUACAAGCUGUUCUAUCCCUUCCUUAACUACAAUGAAGCAAAUUUAAGAGAUAUGUUACUUGCCUAUAUAAACGGUGUCCAAGCUUUAUAUCAGCACCCGUCGUUGGGCACUCGAAUCCAACUAUCUCUAGUACGCCUUACGUUACUGCGCACUCAACCGCAGUCGUUGCCAGCUCACGGUGAGCGCGGUCGCUUGUUGGACGGUUUUUGUGCAUACCAACGCUCUCUCAACGUUGAAGAUGAUAACGACCCCCAACAUUGGGAUAUGGCUUUACUGCUGUCAGGACUGGACUUCUAUUCGGAGGAGGGCGGUCAGCGGAACGGUGUGACGAUGGGCCUGGCGCCAGUGGGUGGCGUGUGUCUGCCCGCGCACGCGUGCGUCGUCUCAGAAUUCGGCACUACUGACCUCAUGGGCCGCCCCUAUCCCUCCGCUGGCUUCACCUCUGUCUACAUUCUGGCACACGAGAUCGGGCAUAAUUUGGGAAUGCACCACGACGGAACGGGUAAUUCUUGCGCACGCGACGGCUUCAUCAUGUCGCCUUCCAGAGGCACAAACGGUGAAGCUUCCUGGUCUCCCUGUAGCAAGAGAGUCGUUAGUGAUUUACAAUGGGCGACAUGUUUACUAGAUGGAGAAGAUGACCUAGACACUCCAAAUGAACUACAACAUGAAAAGUUCGGUGCUGCACCUGGAACAAUUUGGGGAGCUAAGAAACAAUGUGAGGUGUUGUUACGCGAUGUGGAUGCGGCACCGUGGGCGGGAGGAGUGGAAGCAGCGGGUCCGUGUGCGCAGCUAGCGUGCCGGUCACCGCACCGCGUUGGAUUCUACUACGCCGGCCCAGCACUUCCCGGCACUCCCUGCGGCGACCAUAUGUGGUGCCAAGGAGGAGAAUGUGUUCCGAACUCUAAUUCUAAUAUAACGGAAGGGCAAGUCAAACCCAAUGAGGACGGUAAUACUAUUGAAGGAGCGCAGUCAGGCUCUGGUGCAGACGGUUGGGGUACGUUCCAAAUUUAUAAACUACUACUUUUGAAAAAUUAUUUUCAGUAAACAAAACAGGGUGUAAAAUUUAGAACGGUCUGUAAUAGGAAAUUCAGAAACUAUAAUGCAUACGAAGAUCUUGUCUUAAGAUCUGUCUUUGAUUUUAGUGUACGAGAAAUCU